AUGGGCGCUGGCUACCCCUGCGUUGCCGGAGCCUGCAUGGAGUCCCUAGCCAAAUUCCACGAGUUCGCCAAGAAAACCGACUACCGCGAACCCCACGAUGUCUUCAACGGACCUCUACAAUAUGGAUACAACACCAAACUCGACUGCUUCAGCUGGCUCGCAGCAAACCACCCUUACGAGAUGCAAUUCGCACAGCACAUGGGCGCAUACCGCCAAGGCCGACCAAGCUGGAUGGAUGAAGGCAUUUACCCCAUGAAAGAACGAUUGGUCGACGGCUUUGACGACUCUCAAGACAACGUGCUCCUUGUUGACGUCGGUGGAAGCUUUGGUCAUGACAUUGAUGAGUUUAGGAGGAAGCAUCCCGACGCCCCUGGUAGGCUUGUGGUCCAGGAUCUUCCAACUGUUAUCAAUCAGAUUGAGAAGCUCGACGAUAAGAUUGAGAGGAUGGGACAUGACUUUUUCACUGAACAACCGAUCAAAGGUGCCCGAGCCUACUACAUGCAUUCGGUCCUCCAUGACUGGCCGGAUAAAAAGUGCGAAGAGAUUCUUGUGCGGACUACAGCUGCGAUGAAGCCUGGAUACAGCAGGUUGUUGGUCAAUGAGAAUUGCAUUCCCGACAUCGGUGCCGACUGGCAGAACACUGGACAAGAUAUCAUGAUGUUGACGCUAGUCAGUAGCAAGGAGCGUACGCGGGUGGAGUGGCAGAGUCUCCUAGAGAAGGCUGGUCUGAGUAUCUUGGGUAUCUAUGGUGGCGGCAAUGGUGUUGAAAGUUUGAUAGAGUGUGAGUUAGCGUAG